CCAGAGUCCGCUCGGAAAGAGCCGUUAUCCCAUUUGACUUGAUCCUUGCGCUCUGAUUGAGGUUGGCCUUACACUUUGCACCUGAUCAUCGACCACAAAAGCAGUCAGAUAUGAGUCUCGCAUUCGUUAACGCGCUUGAGUGCAAAGAACCGCACAGUGACGAGAUUUGGGCUGUAGCAUGGACGGCCAAUAAUACGGCCGUGUCCGCUUCCGCAGAUGGCACAGUGAAGCAGUGGGAUUCCACCUCUGGACAGGUGUCGAUGUCGCGUCCGCCACACAACCUUGCGAUAGUUUCUCUGUCCGUCUCACCUGAUGGGAAAUUUGCGCUGUACAACGGUCUCGAUGGUACAACAUGGCUUUGGGAUCUCCAGGCUGAUACCGUGGUCGGGCGUCAUGAAAGCUACGACCGUUCUUCAGUGCAAGGCGCUGAGCCUUCGUGGUCUGUGUCACUCAAUCCAAAUGGCGCGACGUAUGCGGGUACCAGCAGCUCUGGAAAUGUGAAUAUCUAUUCUGCGAACCCUGACUCUUUCGGAACACGACAAGCAAUCUUGGCAAGUGGUAGGAGCAGACACGGUAUGGAUUGCGUGCAUAGUCCAGAUGGUACUCGGGUGGCAUUUUCGAACGAAGCUGGCCAAGUCUUUAUAUUUGACCUGGAAUCACAAGCUUUGACAUCAACCUAUUCUUCGCAUGCCAUGUGUGUAAGAUCGUUGGCAUGGUCAUACGAUGGGCAGUUGUUAUUGACAGCCUCUGACGACAAGCGCCUCAUUCUUCACGAUGUGCGCUCAACCCCAUCCGGAAAACCUGGUUCUGGAGCAGUAGCCACGCUUACAGGCCACUCUUCUUGGGUGCUCAGCACUAGCAUAUCGCCGGAUGGACGUCUGGCUGCAUCAGGGUCUGCUGACAAAACAAUCAAGGUGUGGGACUUGUCGGCACGCGCAGCAGUCUCGACGCUCCAGGAAAGUGGCGAGGUAUGGAGCGUUGCAUGGUCCCCCAAACCACCCGCUCCUGGAUCCGCGGGUGCAUUUCUUACUGGAGGACAGGAUGGACAUGUACGAUGGUGGAGAUCCGCUGGUGCCGGUGCAUAGUGUGGGUAGGAUAGCAGAUCCCAAACUAAACGAAUGAAUGAAGCGAACGUCUUGCCUUCAUAUGGAGAAUCAUCCAUGAAUUAAAUCAAACACCUCCCAGCUAUCUAGGCUUUCUAU